UAACCCGGCCGGAUAAACGAACCCCCUCAUUGUGCUAGCCCUGUGCGCGCUCACACACACGUUAUCCGUAAUCGCGCCCCACCCGAGAGUAGACUCUCUAAUCGCUAGCCUCAAACCAACUCUCUCUACUGUAUCGAUGAAGUUGUUUCAAAGAUGGCGGAUUUCCUGCCGUCCCGGUCCGUUUUAUCUGUAUGUUUUCCAAACUGUCUCCUCACGAGUAACGAGGCAGAACAAUUAAGGAAAUCUAAAGAAAUAGACAAAAGUAUUUCGCGGGAUAAGACGUACGUGAAGCGGCUAGUGAAGAUUCUGCUACUCGGAGCGGGAGAAAGCGGCAAGUCCACUUUCCUGAAGCAGAUGCGCAUCAUCCAUGGGCAGGACUUCGAUCAAAGGGCCAAAGAAGAGUUCAGGGCCACGAUUUUUAGUAAUGUAAUUAAAGGGGUGCGUGUGUUGGUGGAUGCCAGAGAGAAGCUCCACAUCCCGUGGGGAGAGGCGUCCAACCAGGGGCACGGAGAGACCAUGAUGGCGUUUGACACGCGGUCGGCCAGGAUGGCCCACGGCAUGGUGGAGACCAGGGUCUUCUUGCAGUACCUGCCCUCCAUCCGGGCUCUGUGGGCCGACACGGGCAUCCAGGACGCCUACGACAGGCGCAGGGAGUUCCAGCUGGGGGAGUCUGUGAAGUAUUUCCUGGAUAAUUUGGAAAAGCUGGGACAGCCGGACUACCUGCCGACUCAGCAGGAUAUUCUCCUAGCCCGUAAGCCUACUAAGGGCAUCCAUGAGUACGACUUUGAGAUCAAGAACGUUCCAUUUAAGAUGGUGGACGUGGGGGGUCAAAGGUCGGAAAGAAAGAGAUGGUUUGAGUGUUUUGACUCUGUCACCUCCAUCCUCUUCCUUGUGUCCUCUUCAGAGUAUGACCAGGUGUUGAUGGAGGACCGUCAGACCAACCGUCUCAGCGAGUCUCUCAACAUCUUCGAGACGAUCGUCAACAAUCGGGUCUUCUCCAACGUCUCCAUCAUCCUGUUCCUCAACAAGACAGACCUUCUGGAGGACAAGGUGCGCUCCGUCCCCAUCAAGGACUAUUUCCCAGAGUACCCCGGGGAGCCACACAGCCUGGCCGACGUACAGAGGUUCCUAGUGGACUGUUUCCGGGUGAGGAGGAGGGACGUGACACAGAAGCCCCUGUACCACCACUUCACAACAGCCAUCAACACGGAGAACAUUCGCCUGGUAUUCCGAGACGUCAAGGACACCAUCCUCCACGACAACCUAAAGCAGCUCAUGCUGCAGUGAUCGCAGGGGGGUUAUGACCUUUUGAAGUCACCUUUUGGCCUGUGACUCCUCACCGUGACCCCCUGACUUGCAGUGAUUGCAGGGCGAUGAACAGAGAGCAACAGAGUUGUAUUGUGCUACACUGUGACACGUGUCGUGACCUUUUAAGUCACCUUUUGACCCUUGACCUUUAACCCCACAUCUGUCUGUGAGCCCUCACCUUGACCCCCUGACCUCCAGUCACCCCUGGUGCAGGCUGUCACCUAUGACCCUUGACCACUGAACCCUACCACUUCUAAUGGCCUUGUACCUGGCUGUUCUAUCCCGAUUCCCCCCCUCUAAAAACACUGUAAAUGAGCUCUCCCAGUCCCUCCUAUCCUCACACACAAACACACACACCCCUCUCCUCUCUGUAAUGUACUAUUCCAGAGCCGCCUCCUCACACACACCCCUCUCCUCUCUGUAAUGGACUAUUCCAGAGUCUGUAGAUAUGUUGAUGUGUUCUGUUCACUCUUAACUCCUGGGUGUAGGAUGAAAUUGCCCUUAGACGCUGAUCUUGGGUCAGUUUUUCAUUUCCCCCACUAAUAGGUAAGGUCAGGUUAUGGGGAGGGGAAGCUGAUCCUAGAUCUGUUGUGUUCUAUAUUAGUAUAUUCACUCUGUGGUUCACUCUUAACUGUCACACUGUAACCUGUCUGAGCAGCCCAGACCACUGCUGGAGGUUAGCGGUCAAGGGUGAGGGGUCAACUGGCCUUUCUGUGUUGGGGGGGGUCAAAGGUUGUCUCCCACGGCAACUAGGGAAGAGUGGUGGUAACGCUGUAAAACAAAUUGCAAGAUUGAGGAAGAGUAGGAGGAAGAUGAUGAUGACUCUGUUUUACUGGCGUCAGCCUGUCACUGCACCUCCACUCCACUCCCACCACCCACCUGCCUUGAACUGGCUUGAUACUACGCUUCCUUUUCCCUCGGAGCUUGAUUAUGACAUCACUGUGGACUCCGACCAUUCUGAGAGCAAAUCAUUCCACGGUGUCACUCUAUCUGGAUGUGGAACUGAAAAACAAACCACCAGCGGAGAGCUUGUUUGUUGUUGUUGUUGUUGUUGCAGGGGGGACGUUAAAGAGUGGGGGACUUUACAGCACUGUACUAAAACUAAUCCUUAAUGAUUCCACAGCCUGAUGAUUACCUACCAAACAGAGCUAUACACACAUACACCGUCCUUAGAGACUCUGUUCUGACCUGAUCCCUGUCUUAGUCCUGGCCUUACUGUUUGGAACUUUAGUUUUUUGAUCAGUUUAAUUUCUUUGGAUUUUCCGCCUAUUUUUUUUUUACAUAAAUAGAUUUAUUAUGAAUAUAUGUACCUAAACAUUCUCUUAAGUUAUAUUUUAAAGGUUUUACACAAGUUUGAUUUGCAACUGCUGAUGGACAGUGUUAAAGGCUAUGGAAGAGGGUAUGUCUGAGCACAGACACAGACACACCGCUCAGACCAGUCGAUAAACUACUGAGCUGAUUCUCAGGA